AUGUAUGCAGCUGGUCCACUUGCGUUUCUGUCAUCAGUGACUCCCGAGAUACGGAUGGUGGAGGACUCGGUCAUGGUUAAGCCAUUGAAUGUCAAGGAUCUGGGCGUUAGGACUAGAACUCUGCGCCAGCCCCGGAGUGGUGUGAACAGCUGCACUCUACACGCCCUUGCCCCCCCCCCCGCCCCCCCGGGACCGCAAUCACUGGAUGUUUUGCUGAAUCUGCUGUUGUUCCGAACAAAUGUCACAAACACAAUAGCGUUCCACACUUCAGAGACCUCCGCCUUGAAGAUGGCAACCGGUUUAGCCCAGGAUGCUUUAGGGGAAGAAUUAACUUGUGCGAUUUGUUUGGAGAUCUACACGGACCCGGUGGUUCUCGAAUGCAAGCACAGCUUCUGCUGCUCCUGUAUUGAGGAGACCUGGAAUGAUUCGGCCGCGGCCAGUUACUCGUGUCCGGAAUGCAGGGCAGAAUACAGCGAGAGGCCGACGUUGGAGAGGAACUUCAAGCUGGCAAACAUUGUUCAGAGAUACCUGGCUCUGGAGGUCUCCAAGAACGCGAUUCUGUGUAACUACUGCACCCAAAAGCCGCGGGCAGCCGUGAAAACCUGCCUCAAGUGCGAAGCCUCGAUGUGUCCCGAGCACCUGAGGCACCACACCGAGAGCGCCGUCUUCAAGACCCACCUCCUGGUCGACCCCACUGCCGACGUGUCCCGCUGGAAAUGCACGGAGCACCAGGAGCUGCUGAAGAUCUACUGCAAAGACGACCAGGUGUGUGUCUGCACCCUCUGCACUUUGAUCGGGAAACACAAGGACCACAGCUGCGAGACCAUCAGCGAGGGCGAGAAGGAGCUGAGGAAUCAUUUGCAACAUCAGCUCCAGAAGAUCCGAAAUAACGUUGAAGCUGUUCAAUUAGCUCUGAGUGAUCUUCACAAAGAGAAGAGGAAUGCACAGACCGUGAAAAGAAAUGUGCAGAUGAAAAUUAAAGCAAAAUACGAGACACUGAGGAAGCACAUUGACAAGGAGGAGAGGAGAGUUCUGCGAUUCCUGGAAAGUGAGCAGAUUCGGAUGGUCACUGAGAUUGAUGGCAAGAUCAGUGAGCUUGAAAGGAAAGUGAGAGACUUUGAAAAGUCCUUUUCUGAUCUCAGUGAGCUUCUGAAGCACAAUGAGGAGCUUUCGUUUAUCCAGAUUGGCUGUGAAGAUGUUUUUUUGUUCUUUAGAAUGAAGGAAGCAUCUGAACCGUUCAUGGCACCAACUCCUUCUGAUCCGGGUAAAACUGUUGUGCAAAGGCUGGCAGAGUGGGUCCAGAGCCAGUACGUGGCAGCACCCCCCCCAACCCUGGGGAGUAACUUCCUGGUCAGUAUGUACGGACAGACACCGAGCCUGGACCCUCGCACAGCAUUUCCACACCUGGUCCUGUCCGAUGGGAACCGGUCCGUGUCAGGUUCCAAGCAGCGGCAGCCUUACCCCGAUGGUCCCAAGAGGUUUGACUACUGGUGGCAGGUUGUGUGCUCGGAGAGAGUGAGCUGUGGCCGCUGCUACUGGGAGGUGGAGGUGGGUGGAGAGCGCCGGCGCUGGGAUAUCGGCGUGUGCUACGAGAGCCUGAGGCGGAAGGGCGAGGGCAAAGAAUGUUCAUUGGGACAGAACAAGGAGUCGUGGUGCCUGUACUCGGAGCCCGGCAGUCUUGCAGCUUUACACAAUGACAACGUGACCACACUGACUGUUCAAAUGCCCAGCAGGGUGGGUGUGUACGUCGACUUUGAAGCCGGAAUUAUUUCCUUUUACAGUGUGAUGGACAAGAAAUUAGCCCCAUUACACACCUUUCGGCAGCAAGUGUUCACAAAACCCCUCCACCCAGCACUGGGAGUGGCUGAUUUCACCACAACCCUGGCGCUGUGCACUCUCAGGUGAUAAACUCAGCACUGAUUAUACUCUGUAUGCAAGAUAAGAAUCAUUGAAACAAGGAAAUAAGGAACUGAAGCAGGAAUAGGCCACAUGGCUCCUCCAGCCUUCACUGCCCUUUCACAAAACCUGAUCUGUACCUUGACAACCUUCACAUUCCCUGAGUGUCUGAGCAUCGACUGUUCACAGCCUUGACUAUACUCAGUGACUGAAGAUCCACAGCCCUCUGAGGUAUAGAAUUCCAAAGUUCUGAUGAAGGGUCUCCAACCUGCAACAUUAGCUCUUUCUCUCUCCACAGAUGUUGCCUGACCUGCUGAGUGUUUCCAGCAUUUACAGUUUUUAUUUCAGUUUUUAUUUACGCACGGUAGCGUAGCAGUUAGCGCGGUGCUAUUACAGCGCCAGCGAUCGGGGUUCGAUUCCCGUCGCUGUCUGUAAGGAGUUUGUACAUUCUCCCCGUGUCUGCGUGGGUUUCCUCCGGGUGCUCCGGUUUCCUCCCACAUUGCAAAAACGUACGGGUAGGUUAAUUUGGGGUUUAAAAUGGGCGGCGCG